GAGCAAGAAGAAUUGAAAUCAAUUUACACUAUUCUCUAUUAUUUUCUUCCGCAUAUACUAUAGCUCGACAUGGUAUCAGAGCAUCUAAUGCGCUGAAAUUCACGCAUGGCGACCCAUACCGAAGAACACACUCAGGGAAACCCGCCGGCGAGGAUUGAUCCUACAUCGCCGUAUUUUCUAGGACCUCAGGAUCGGCCGGGCGAUAUCAUUACCCCGGUAAAACUCAUAGCGAGUAACUAUGAGGAUUGGUCUAACGCUGUGCGAUUGGCACUCCGGGCCCGACGAAAAUAUGUUUUUGUUGACGGUAGCAUCGUGAAACCGGCACCCCCAUGUACCGAAGAGGACUGGCUUACGCUCCAUUCCAUGAUUGUUUCAUGGUUGCUGAACACAGUCUCACCGGAAGUACGAGGAACCUUAUCAUGUUACGAGGAUGCGGCAAAGCUAUGGAACGACCUUAAGGAACGGUUUUCCUCGGUUGACGGUCCACGAAUCCACCAGGUCAAGACAGAUUUGGCCAGAUGCGUUCAGACCAAAGGGAUGCCGGUUGGCACCUAUUACGCCAAAUUACAAACACUAUGGGAUGCUUUGAACAAUUAUGAGCCGUUGAUUGCGUGCAAAUGCAAUCGGUGCACUUGUGACGUACUCGGUCAGCACGAGAAACGAAGGGCAUCUGAACGAAUGCAUCAAUUCUUAAUGGGUUUGUAUUCUGAUUUCUUUGGCGUUACACGCUCACAACUCUUACUACAGACUCCGUUGCCUACAUUGAAUCGAGCCUACCAACAGGUUACACAAGAGGAAAGAGUUCGUGGGAUGGUACAGACGCAGGACGAGAGACCGGAGGUACUGGGAUUUGCUCUUCGCACAGAUGGGAAGAGUGUUGGGCGAGGAACAAAAGUGGAUAAGUCCGGGUUAAUUUGCUCCUAUUGCAAAUACUCGGGUCACGAGGUUGCAAACUGCUUUGAACUAAAUGGAUAUCCGGACUGGUGGGGUGAUCGACCACGUCCAGGAAUCAAAGGAACUGGUAGAGGACGGCCAGUGAAUACUGGCAGUUCUUCACGCAACAAGCCGGGGGCCAAAGCACAUGCCGCCGUAGCUACGGACCACACGAAUAAAGAAAGUAACGGCGGUGGCAGCUCUUCUUCAGUUCCGCUGCCAGGAUUCACACAAGAGCAGUGGAAAUCAUUGCUCUCUAUGCUUGGACCGUCCCUCGAGGAGGCUGAUUGGAACGGGUGAACAACGGAAUGGACUGUAUUACUUGCGAGAGGAAUCUUCAGCUCACAUUAUGUCAAUCAAGGAUACCAGGAAUUCAGUGGUGGAAUUAUGGCAUCAACGGUUAGGGCAUCCA